UCGGUUCUAACUUCUGUACCAACAAACUUGUUAAAAUCUCGUACGAAUCAAAUUUUUUCCGAUUUUAUAAUUCGGCAUCGGCUAUCCGCUAUCCGGCUUAUUAGUUUGAACUUCGAACUAUCGACAUGGCCGAGUAUCUGGCAUCCAUUUUUGGUACCGAAAAGGAUAAGGUCAACUGUUCAUUUUAUUUUAAAAUCGGUGCUUGCCGUCAUGGUGAUCGCUGUUCAAGAAUUCAUAAUAAGCCCACUUUCAGUCAGACUGUACUAUUGCAAAAUCUUUACGUAAAUCCACAAAAUUCUGCAAAGUCUGCUGAUGGAUCACAUUUGGUUUCAAAUGUAACUGAUGAAGAAAUGCAAGAACAUUAUGAUAAUUUCUUUGAAGAUGUUUUCGUAGAAUGUGAAGACAAGUAUGGCGAAAUCGAAGAAAUGAAUGUUUGUGACAACUUAGGGGAUCAUCUUGUUGGCAAUGUUUAUAUUAAGUUUCGUCGAGAAGAACAUGCAGAAGCAGCUGUUAACGAUUUAAAUAACCGAUGGUUUGGUGGACGUCCGGUUUAUGCUGAAUUGAGCCCUGUAACAGACUUUCGAGAGGCUUGUUGUCGUCAGUAUGAAAUGGGAGAGUGUACACGUAGUGGAUUUUGCAAUUUCAUGCACUUGAAGCCAAUAUCACGAGAAUUACGCAAAUAUCUUUACAGUCGUCGAUCACGCAGACAUCGUUCACGUAGUCGUUCACGUGACCAUGUUGGAACUCGUAGAACCAGAUCACCUUCUCCUAGACAUGGUCAUCAUCGUGGAGGUGGUGGUGGUGGUGGUGGUGGCGGAGGUGGACGUAGAGAUCGUAGAUAUUAAUUAUGUUUUUAUUGCAGCAAAUAAUUUUUCUCGACAUUAAACAGUGUACCAUAAAACAAUAACUUGAUACUUUCAUGUAAUAUGUGUUAUAAUUUUAAAGAUAAGGCAAAGUAAAAUAAUAAGGACUUUAUAACCAAAGUAGUUUGUUUAUUUCCAUCUUUUAAUUAUAAUGGCUGAUAAUAGUGCAUAUUUUUUUUUCUGUUUU